GUAUAAUCUGUUCAGAUUGUUUUGGAUUGCUUUCGUCUCUACGUCAACAAUGGCGGAUGAACUCGAAAAUUGUCGAAGUUGAAUCGGGUGAAUUGAAACAGUUUCCUCUUUCCGUUUCGGAGAAAUUUAAUAAGGUUUCUUGUCACAAUUCGAAUUGUCGAUAUAUAAAUUUCAAAAUACUGUUCCUCUCUGGGCGGGACCUAGUUAAAUUCUGAAAUUUAUUUUCGACAUUAUAUUGGAUUCUGACCCUGCCGCGCGACCCACACUAAAAUAAAGCUUAGAUGUCGGAGAAAUUCGAAAAUAUUUCACAGACUCGGGCUGUCCCUUCCUAAUUAUGGCUUGUCAGGGAAAUAUCUAAUUUUAUAUUGACUCGGACCGCUUAGGUUAUGCAUUAGUGAGGUGUUAAGCAAUCAGGGAAAACCUGUUAUGAAAAUGGCACGUAAAACUGACUUUUAAAACGAGACAUUUUAACAGUUUACGAGUUGGGUCCGAUUCUACGGAGAUUGACGCGAAGCCGGCUUGGCCGAAUUGACCGUUCUAUUUUUUAAAACGCCCCACUGGCGGAAAGUCGGCCUUUUCCCACUGUCCCAGGCCCAAAAACGUUUUCUUUUGUCAAAACAGUCCUAAACUUUAUCCGAGAGUCAUGUAUGAGGAAGAGGAAAGGAUCAAGUACGCCUCGGAAGCUCUUCUGUCUUUUAAAAACGGGCUCCCGACAAAAAUAAAAGAAGAACCCAUGGAAGAAGAAUUUGGGCCUGCUUCUCUCGGUCUCCAUCGGAUCGGAGAUGCUCUCCCUCCGAAACCUCAAGGGAAUAUGCCGGCUCUCAAUCGAAGGGGAAUGCCUGCCCGUAUAAGGAAAAAGAAUAAACUAUUUUUUGAUGAUGAAGUGACUCCAGACACAGUUGUUCCAAAGUCGAUGUUGAAGACAACAAGAGUCAAGUCCCCAGGAAAAAGAGGUCGAAAGCCCAAAGAGCCUAAUGAACAACCUCCAGCCAAACUGGAAAGUGGUGAUCGAAAGCUUGGACAAAAAAUCGGCAUGAGGCUAAGAAAUCUGUUAAAACUGCCUAAGGCGCACAAAUGGGUUUGUUACGAAUGGUUCUAUAGCAACAUUGACAGUGCAUUAUUUUCGGGCGACAAUGAUUUCAUGAUUUGUUUAAAAGAAUCUUUCCCUCAAUUAAAAACAAAUAUGCUCACUCGAGUCGAAUGGUGCAUAAUGAGGCGAAUGAUGGGUAAACCUAGGAGAUGUUCACAGGCAUUCUUUGAAGAAGAAAGGCGUGAACUGGACAGAAAGCGUAGUAAAAUUAGACAACUUCAACAAAGAAAACCUACAGAUCUGAACAGUUGUAAAGACUUACCACCUGAAAUACCCCUACAACUUGUCAUAGGAACAAAAGUGACAGCUAGACUGAGAAGUCCUCAGGACGGUUUAUUCACCGGGUCAGUGGACGCCUUCGACACAUCAAAUGACACCUAUAGAAUUACAUUUGAAAGACCCGGUCUUGGAACACACUCAAUACCUGAUUUUGAAGUUCUCUCAAAUGAACCUAUAGAUACCAUAUCAGUCACUUCAAUGGUUCAUGCCCUGAGACCAACGAAACCUCAGAGUAGUGCCCCUGCGGGAAAUGAACAGCCGUACAGCGGGCAAAAUGAUGCAAGGUCAGAUAAUUCACAAAGUGAACGAAACGGCUUUCCAACGUCUGUCUUAGAAAAUAUUGUCAAACUUGGUAAACUGUUAGAAAUCAAAAGAAUCAAAGUAAACAUACUCAGGGAUAUGAAUGUUGAAGCAGAGAGGAAGAAGUGCCAUUCGCAACCCAUACCGGAGGAGUUUGUUAAAAAAUAUGCCUCAAAUAUUGUCGAGUUGGAGCAUGUCAAUACGAUGCUACGAGAUUUACUGAGCUCAGUGCAAAAUCAUUGCCAAGAACUCUUGCCAAACAUGAAUAUGGCUGCAGUCAUGACUCCAAAUUAUCUCAGGAAUCAAAGCUUAGAUGAAGCCAAAGCAAUGGUGAAUCGAUUUAAUCCAACAAUUAGCGAUCCCAUCCUCGAUCUAGUCAUUGAACUCACCGCUUUAAUGAUCCAAGUGAAAAGUUUAUCUGAGAGUGAUAGAAGUAGUUUUGAAGUCGAAGUUUUAUCAACAUCAAUGGAUAUUAUAAAAAAGAAAUUAUCACCUGCUAACAAAACUGUUUUUGAGAGUUGUGUGGAGGUUCAUAUGAGGCAUAUACAGUCCGGUUUAAGCGGAGAAAUAGGUGCUUUUUCUAUGGUCACCCCUAGCAGACCAUGAUAUAUAAAAAUUAAGGAAAGUGUGUAAUUCAGUCAACAAAUUUAUAUGUGUAUAUAUAUACAUAAUUAUUUUAUAUAUUUUGUUUUUGUUAGUUGUGAUAAUUUAUCUACACCAAGAGAAAUUAAAAUUAAUACAAAAAUUUAUAUAUUAUAAAAACUGUACAUAAAAGAAUCAGUGCAGACAAAUUUUCUCUAAUGUAAAUUAAUAUAUAUUUCUUAAAACUGUAAUAUAAUUGUAUACUUUUUCAAACUUGGUUACUCAAAAAAAGAAAAAAAUACAUGCUACAUAUUCUCAAGAAAAUUGUAAGAUUUUUCUUUUGUAGAUUGUUUUCAAUGCUUUGUUUAAUUGUGUACGAGUGGUUUAUUUUUUUAAUGAGUCUUUGUUAGUUUGAGUCUAUUGUUUUUUGAACAAGAUGUAAAGAUCUCUUAAGGCCUGGCAGACCCUGAAGUAUUGGCCUUUUCAAGGAGGCAAGAAAUUUUUUUUUCUCAAGAUAUCUGAGUGUAAGUCAUUUAAUACUUGUUUUUAAAGCAGGGUUCAUCUACAAUCACUGGUAUAAUCAGGGGAGUUGGCUAUGUUGUUGAUUUUGGUAUAAAACCAGCAUAAAUACACACAGGAAGGUUGUAGGUUCCUA